CUGUACAUGGAGCCCGCAGUACAGCAUCAUAUUCAUUUGUAAUGUUUGCUUUUAGUUGUCGCGCUUUACGAGUUUUAUUGAAAUAAACAUGGCAAUCAAUUUUGCUACACAACAAAAAAAUCGGUGAGAAAUCAUUGGAUUCACUAAGCUUUGGAUUGGUAGGUGAUGGAUGCUCUUCAUCUUACAGUGUUUGAGCUUCAUAAAGACUGUCACCACCUUUGAUGUAUAUACAAAUCAUCUCAUAGUACUCAAGAUUUGUAACAUGCAUAAACGGAACGACAAGUCCCACAUGCAUUCACUUCCAGGGUAUUAGGCCAAGCACUCUCCAAGUGGUGAUACGCUUUGAUCUUCGCCUAUCCGCUCCCCGGGCAUCGGGAAGUAUAAUGGCUGACAAGAAGGAACCUGAAGGAGAAGAAGAAUUCUCUGUGGAGAAGGUCCUUGACCGACGUGUAAGAAAUGGAAAGGUAGAAUAUUACCUAAAAUGGAAGGGUUAUGAUGAUGAGGACAACACUUGGGAGCCAGAAGAGAAUCUUGACUGCCCUGACUUAAUCCAAGCCUUUGAAGAAGCAAGGAAAAAGAAAGAAGCGGAGGGUAAAGGUGCUAAAGAGAAGGAUGCAAAGAAACGCAAAUCAAACGCUGCAACACCUGAUUUAAAAGGAGCCAAAAAGUCGAAAAGCGAUGACAAAAAAGCGUCAGGUUUCGACCGUGGUCUUGAACCUGAAAAGAUCAUUGGUGCUACUGACAGCAGCGGGGAAUUAAUGUUCCUCAUGAAAUGGCAAGGGACUGAUGAGGCGGACUUGGUGCCCGCGAAACAGGCGAACGUGCGUUGCCCGCAGGUUGUCAUACAGUUCUACGAGGAGCGACUCACGUGGCAUACGCCGGCACCAGAUGAAGGCAACAAUGAUGAAUAAGGUCCUCCACUAACUACGGCCACUAUGUGAUUUUUUUUUAUAAGUUCGGAACAUUUUAGUUUCAUAUUGUUAAUAGGCUCUGUGUUAUGGAUAAGUUGUGUGUAACGUCUCGGUUUUUACUAGUUUUAACAUUCUUGUAUAGGUAUAUUUCCUAAUUUUCGUUGAAAUCUUGUAAAAAGUGAUUGAAUGAAUCAAUUUCUUUGUAUUUGAUACCUGGGUACGAGUACUUUGUAAGUACGAUAAGCGA